GGUUGAUUGACAAAGUUAAGUAAUCUAAAACUGUACAUCCCUAAACAACUGACAUCGCUAAAGUAAAACACUUCUUUUUGUAAACAAUUUGAGGCCAAGUCUAUAUAAUAAUGAACUCAUGCUUCUUCUGCGGAGCCGUCGAUAUAAAUGGCAAUGCAAAGUACGAGUUACUUUCGGCUAAAGUGCCGUCGUCACAGAAGGCAGUCUCGCUUGUGCUCACACAUCUGGCAAGCUGCAUGAAAAUGGACAUUAGUUUAAAGCCGGGUGUUCGACUGUGCCCGCGUUGUUUUCAUGAAUUGGCCGAAUAUGAUGGCAUUAUGGUAAACCUAAUGACAACUCAAAAGAGGCUGACUACACAGCUGAAGGCGGCCAUGAAUUCUGAGUUCGACGAAGAGCCCAUGGAAAAAGCCAUAGAAGAUGGCGAUGAAGAUGCCGAGGCUGAAGCGCUUUUUGUUGAGCUGGUCAAGGAAGUCGACGAGGAGGAGGAGGAAGGAUCAGCUACGGCUGAUGGAUCAAAAUUAGACUACGAGGGUGAAACUAAUUCUGAAGAUGAGGAUUAUGUCGGUGACGACUCCCCAUCGCAGAUAAAUCAGAUUGAAAUUGAAGCUGAUGAAGAAGAAAGAUAUGCUACAAAGCGUUUGAAACAAGAAUGUACCAAUUGCGGUAAAAUCUUCAAUUCAAGAUAUCAAUUGCAAAAGCACAUUAGCGAGGAGCACAAUAAGACCAAAGUACAUGUCUGUCCCAUAUGCGGCAUAACACGCCGCGAUGAGGAAUACUUGGAGUUGCAUAUGAACGUGCAUGAAGGCAAAACUGAAAAGCAAUGCCGCUUCUGUCCCAAGAGUUUUUCGCGUCCCGUGAAUACGCUGCGGCAUAUGCGCAUGCACUGGGACAAGAAGAAAUAUCAAUGCGAGAAAUGUGGACUACGCUUCUCGCAGGAUAAUCUGCUCUAUAAUCAUCGCCUACGCCAUGAAGCCGAGGAGAAUCCUAUUAUAUGCAGCAUUUGCAAUGUGUCCUUCAAGUCACGUAAGACUUUUAACCACCAUACGCUUAUACACAAGGAGAAUCGCCCCAGGCACUACUGCACCGUUUGUCCCAAAUCCUUUACCGAACGCUAUACGCUCAAGAUGCAUAUGAAGACACACGAGGGCGACGUGGUCUAUGGUGUCAGGGAAGAAGUGCCUGCGGAUGAUCAGGUAGUUGAGGAGCUACAGGUGGAUGUAGAUGAAUCGGAACAGGCUGUAACAGUUAUCAUGUCGGAUAACGAUGACAAUUCAGCGGGCUUUUGUCUCAUCUGCAGCACGAACUUCGAAAACAAAAAGGAACUGGAACAUCAUCUGCAGUUCGAUCAUGAUGUGGUCAUGAAAUAGUUUGUACGAGCUUAUAUUAUAUAUACAUUACUUAACCCCUAUUAUAAUAAAAGAAUGAUUUAAAUUUUAACGUUU